GGGUGUACUCCACUUUUCCUCACUCCUGUAUGGAGACGCUCAUGCUCUCCACGUGACGCAUGACAACGGCAUGAGAAUUAAAUGUCAGUGGCACACUGAACUAAAAUCUCUCAGCUACCUAAAAUUGCUCUGAUUUCUACUCCUCCACUAAUGUACUAAUCGGAUUACACCAGCGGCAGAAUUUGGAAACGACAUACUGUAGAUCACGAUGCCAGUGCUUUUGGUUUUCUUGCAUUGCGCAAUGUUGGAAGCUAACUUCUUCACGCAAUGAAUCCUGCCAACCAAACCAGGACUUUGACGAACACGGAAAAUUAUCUUUUCGCAGUUGGUACUUACAAACUUCUCGCAUUUACCAUUGGGACUAUUUGCGCACUGGGCUUUUGCAACAAUGUUCUUGUUCUUGUCCUUUACUACAAAUUCAAGAGACUCCGGACACCCACGAAUUUGUUACUGGUCAACAUCAGUAUAAGUGACCUGCUGAUGUGCGUCAUUGGGAUUAACUUUACAUUUAUUUCGUGCAUCAAACGAAGAUGGGUAUGGAAUUCAGCGACGUGUGUUUGGGACGGUUUCAGCAACAGUCUAUUCGGGAUUGUGUCCAUCAUGACUCUCGCGGCGCUGGCAUACGAGCGCUACAUUCGGGUGGUGCACGCCAAGGUCGUUGACUUCCCCUGGGCCUGGCGGGCCAUCACGCACAUCUGGCUGUACUCCAUCGCCUGGACUGGGGCGCCGCUGCUGGGAUGGAACCGCUACACUCUGGAGAUCCACCAGCUCGGCUGCUCCCUGGACUGGGCUUCCAAGGACCCAAACGACGCCUCCUUCAUCCUCCUGUUCCUGCUCGGGUGCUUCUUUGUACCGGUGGGAAUCAUGGCGUACUGUUAUGGCAACAUCUUGUACACCGUACGCAUGCUGCGCUCCAUUCAGGACCUGCAGACAGUGCAGAUCAUCAAGAUCCUGCGCUACGAGAAAAAGGUGGCCGUCAUGUUCCUGCUCAUGAUCUCCUGCUUCCUGGUGUGCUGGACACCGUACGCUGUGGUGUCCAUGAUGGAGGCCUUUGGCAGGAAGAGCGUGGUCUCACCAACCCUCGCUAUCAUCCCGUCCUUCUUCGCCAAGUCGAGCACAGCGUACAACCCAGUCAUAUACAUCUUCAUGAGUAGAAAGUUUCGCCGGUGCUUGUGUCAGCUGCUUUGCUCUCGCCUGGUCCGGCUCCAGCACAGCAUCAAGGAGCGCCCCCUGGCCAGCGAAGAGCGGCCCAUUCGCCCCAUCGUCAUCUCCCACAGCCGCCCGAACCGGCCCAAAAAGAGGGUGACCUUCAGCUCGUCCUCCAUCGUCUUCAUCAUCACCAGUAACGACGCACAGCCGCUUGACGUCCAGUCCAAGUGCGACAGCACCACGGAGGUUAACGUCAUCCAGGUGCGUCCACUGUGACCUCGCCACAGCGGGCGUGGAAACGUUUCACCCAAGACAAGCACAGCAAAAACCCACUCAGCACAGAGUUGCUCCUCCACUCUCGGAGACAGCACAGUAACAUGGACCUCACCCGUGCUCAGCUGGAAUCAGCAUGUUACACUGUAGGCCAUGUUCACAUUCAGGUAUUUAUGACAUCAGCUUGUAUAAAUAUCAAAUGUUACACUGAGUUCCUCAUCCCUACCAUCUGGCACUUGAGGGGAUUACUGUGUUUGAAGUCAUAUUACAUGAGGGAAAGACUAUUAAUAAGAUACUGAAUCACGGAUUGACUAUUGAGAUUAUAUAUUGAGUGGAUUGUUUUAUGCAGUACUUUUGUGGCUAGGAGAUAAACAUAUUCUUUAUGUUGUGAUGGAUCCACUAUGGAUGAAGUAUGACUGAGGGAGAGGAAUUUUGCACAUCCUCAUAAGGUUUUUCAGCACUCUUUAUUUUGUAUAGAUCUAAUAAAGAUAUCAUAUUUUUUAAGCUU